GCGGCAAUUUCCCGAAAACUAUAUAUACCGAUCUUUCAAUCCCCAAAUUUUGCCCUAGAAUACGCUUCUAACAGCCGCAACCCCAAAACCUCUCUAGUCUCUACCAAACCACUCUCCUUUCCCCCUUUCUCUCUCUACUCUCCUUCCUCAAAUCCCACUAUUUAUCACUCCAUUCCUACCUCCUAAUCACUCUCUUCGUAAGAUUUCCCUCUGUUUUUUUUUCUUUGUUUUAUUGCGAGGUUCUUCUGAAGAAGGGAAGAAAAGGGGUUUUGGGAGUUCUUGUGUUUUUUGGUUGGUUUGGUCUAUGGAAUUAUGGAUGCUGUAGAAUUGCCUCUCCCCGUAGACGUGGCGGCAGCACCUAAAUUGAUGGGAUCGGAGGGUUUUGGCAGAGUUGGGGUUUCCGUUAAGGACGAAGACCCUCGCCCCCACAGACCUUAUUCUACCUCAAUUGAGUGCUGCAACUCUCGUCUUCUUGAAACUGCCAGUGUUGUCACACCAGAUGUUAUAAGUAUGAAAACCAAUGCCGAGUUUCCUUCUCUCAUCAAGGGUGAGGAGUUAUCCAAGAAUCUGCCUGGUGUUAUUAGCAAAAUUUGUCCUGUAGAUAGUGCAAGACUAGAAGGUGUACCGUUACAACGAAAAACAGCAAAAGCUAGCAGGAGUAAUAAUAGUUCAUGUUCAAAGAAGCCACGAAUAUCACAAUUAGAAGAUUUUACUAGCCCUAGUGGGAUUGAGGAGUCAAAGGAUAGCUCUGAUAAGCUUGGAUUGCAGAAUUUGAAGUGUACUUCUCCAGAUAAAAUCCAAGUAUCAAAGCAGAAGAGCAAUGCUAGCAAGCGUAGUGAUAGGAGGAACUUUAAAAUCCCAUCAGUUAAGUCAAAAUUUGAGUCAUCUAUGAAGAUGGGUGCAUCCAUGUUCAGUUCUGCCUGUGGAGGGAACAACUUUUUUGGAUUAUAUGGUCUGAAACACGACUUUCAUGAUGCCACUACGCUUGUGGAUGAACCACCAUUGGAUGAACUCCUAAAAGGAGCUUUUGAUCGGCUCUCUUUAAGCAAAGAUAAAGGGAAGAAUGCAUCUCGCACGAAUGAAAGUUUUGUGAAUUCAAUCAGGAAGGCUUGCUCUAUUAUUCAAUUCCGAAACUCUGUUCAGACCCAAAAUAUGGCUGAGAUGGAUUGCUCCUCUAAUAAGUCGAUGCCUAAUUGCCAAUUGAGCUCAGGAUGUGUAGGUGAAGGUUUUGGUGAUGGGGAUAAUGAACAGUCUUGCACAACUGUCAUGUCUUCAUGUACGAAGGAUCCUAGUAGUGAAACAGAAACUAGAGCUAGUCCACUUGACUUUCCAUUAUGUCAACCUAAAGAUGUUUUGGAACGGAUUGCACUCCAUCCAUCCCGAGAUUUGGAGUCUUUGCUACUUGAUGUAUCCAAGCCUGCGAUUACCACAAAGAAUAGUAGUGACCUACGCUCAGGCAAGCAGGUAUUACGUAGGCCAUGUUUGCCAGCAUUUCCAUGGUCACAUGGUUUUGGUGGUCAUUCUAGAAGCAACCCUGACACGGUUAAGUUAUCAACAAGUAGAAACAUAUGCCAAGGUAAAUGGGCAAGAAUAAAUGUCGUUGCUAGCUCUACAGCUAUUGAUCGCAGUUGUUUCACAAACCUUGAUUCAUUCAAUUAUGAUCAGAGCCUUGUUCCUUCAACUGGUAGAUCAGCCAAUAAAAGUUGUCCAUCUUUAUUUGCUAAUCUUCCUAUUCGUCAGUGCGAUUCAUCAUCUACCGUCACAUGUUCUAAGGAUUCUCAGGCCAAUGCAGAAUAUGAAAGCCAAGCAGACACCAAAUUUUAUGAGGAACAGUGUCCACGAGUAUUAGCUGCUGCGAGAACUCUAUGUGAAAUUGCAAUUCAUUCACCAAGGCAGAACCAAGAUGGAUUCCUAAGAUGGCAAAGGAAAGCUUCACAUAAGGCCACAAAAGCAUACAAUUUCAAAUCAACUGAGAAACUGGAACAAGUUCCCUUGACACCUGUUUCAGUGGCUGGAUCUGACAUGGUGGUCCGAAGGGUAGAGCAGAUAAUGCCCUCAAAGAAGCCAAGGAUUUCAACUUUUGAAAAUAAAAAUAUUGUUCACUCCAACAAUAAUAAUGUUAAAAAGGGAAACUACACUUGGUCGACUUCAAAAUCAAGUAGGUCAUUCCCUCCUAAACCAGUUAGGGACUCAGUUUUGGAAAACAAACGCACAACUGCCAGCACCCAUAGACAAAAUUCUAUGAUGCCUCCACCUGCGAGAGAUUUAGAUAAGGCUUAUGGUGGUCAACAGCAAGUUGGAAAGUUAUUGUUAACGGAUUGGAAAAGGGGAAGAGACAAGUCUGAUUGAUCAAUUGAUAUUCAGUGUAAGAUGCAUUAGUGGUUGACUGCCAUUGUGAUUUGUAAGUGUUAGGUUAGCUUAAGGUUGCUUUGUGUAUAUAUUAGUAUAUUAUGCUUGCUUUAGCUGCAAGCCCGCGAUGAGCUUGUUGCAAGUGCUCAUGUUCAAGAGCAAACAUGAUUCAAAUGUUGUAAGAUUAAAUACAUGUGUACAAAACAAGAGAAUUCUUUGCUUAAUGUAGAGCACGAGGCAAUAGCAUU